AUGAAGUCGAUGGAUGAGACUGAGACUGAUGAUGUGCCUGUAUUUGAAGGCAUUUCUUCACGUAAUCGAUCAACUGAAUCAUGGCCGUGGGUGGAAAAGUAUCGUCCAUCAUCGCUGGAUGAUCUUAUUGCACAUCAGGAGAUAAUCUCGACGCUCAAUCGUCUUAUUGAUGCACACAAGCUGCCUCAUUUGCUCUUCUAUGGUCCUCCGGGUACGGGCAAGACGUCUAUGAUACUAGCAGCAGCUCGAAGACUUUAUGGAAAGAAUUGUGGCUCCAUGGUGCUAGAGCUCAAUGCUUCCGAUGAUCGUGGUAUUGAUGUAGUACGUAAUCAGAUUAAGGAAUUUGCAGGCACAAAGAAACUUUUUAGCCAAGGCGUGAAGCUCAUUAUCCUGGAUGAGGCUGAUUCCAUGACAAACGACGCUCAGUUUUCUCUACGACGUGUGAUUGAAAAAUACACAAAGAAUGCGCGUUUUUGUCUGAUUUGUAAUUACGUGAGCAAGAUUAUUCCAGCGCUGCAGUCACGAUGCACGCGCUUUCGUUUUGCACCGCUGAGCGAGAGUCAAGUGAGUGACCGAGUCAAACACAUUGCAAAGCUAGAGAAUCUGAAGAUGACAGAGGGUGGCUUCAAGGCCAUUCUGCGUCUCGGCCAGGGAGAUAUGCGUCGCAUCCUCAAUAUCUUGCAGGCGACGUCUAUGGCUCAUGACGUCGUUAAUGAGGCCAAUGUGUACAUGUGCACUGGCAAUCCACUGCCGAAGGAUAUUGAGUUGGUGACGCACUGGCUUUUCAAUGAAAGCUUCGCAACAGCAGUGCAUAAGUGCGCCGAGAUGCAGAAACUCAAGGGCUACGCCACGAGCGAUAUCCUGCAGGACGUGUACCGCUACACGACAGAAUUAGAGCUGCCACCGGGUUGCCGCAUGUAUUUAUACGACGAGCUGGCCAAAUUAGAACACCGCCUGUCCAAUGGCACGACGGAGGAGCUGCAGUUGGCUUCGCUAGUUGCAGUCUACGCAAUUGCCCGGGAGCAAAUGUCCCGUGCCGUUGCCGGGGCCUAG